AACCCCAGUUGUCAUUAUUUUCCACUUCUCCCCCGGAAUAUCUCCAUUCAUUUUUCGACUCUGUUAAAAGUGCUAGUUAGAUGUGAAGAAUUUAUUUAGCCAGCAGAUUUUUAUAUAUUUUUUGUAUCAGUAAGUGAAGUAGCAGAUCAGGAUUCCAUUGUCAGCCAGUUAGCCAGGAUGAACAUCAAGCUGGACCUCGAUCUCAAGUCCAAUCCGGACUUCAUACCGCAGUGGUACGGCUCCUCCAAGUCGCUCUUCAAGCCGCGGAAGAGGAGCGAUCGCAAGUCCUCCUCCCAGGGUGGCUCGGGGGGUCCUCGACUCUCCCUCUACCAGAGGGUCUUUGCCAGUUGCAGUUCCGUGGCCCAGUCCAUCAUCGAGCUGACCACACCGAAGGGUGGCCUAGACCCACCAGCAACUACUCCUACUCCUACUCCUCCUCCUAAUCCUAAUCCUAAUCCUCAUCCUGUCCAGAAAGCAAAGUCCAAGUCCAAGUCCAAGCCAAGACCGAAGCAGAAGAAGCCUCAGCCCAAGAUGGAGCCACUGACUCCGCCUCAAGGCACCACUAGGACUUCGGUGUCCUACAAAUCCGCCCAGUGGACCAAUGAGACCACCACCCAGUUGUCCCAGCACUUCGUCCCUUGUCCCAGCCCCCAAACGAAUGCCAAGUCCUUGCCGCCACGCGUCCAGGACCUCUAUUGCGUGCAGCAGGAGGAGAUCCGGUUCCUGGCCACCGUCGACGAAGUGGUCCACGGCUUCCGGCACAUGCAGACCUACGUGGAGGAGGCCAAGGACUACCAAGGACUGGCCAUCGGCAGUGUCCUGGUGGCGGGUAGUAGUCGCAGCAUCGCCGACUCCCGCCGGCCCCGAGUGGGCAGUGUGGAGUCCCUCUUCCGGUCGAGAGUCUAUAAUGUCAACUCCUCGGAGCUCAUGGGGAGUCGCUCCUUCUCCUCCUCCUCCGGCUCCUACCGGAGGAAGGGUCAGGGACAGAACCAAGGAUCUGCGGAGUCCGAGUACGAGAAGGAUAUGAUCGAGGAGAGCGAGGACGAGCGGUUCUAUCGCCGGAUGAUGAAGCUCUAUGCCACGGCCCAUACCCUCCUGGUGGACUUCACGAAGCACAAGGCCAUUGAGCUGCGAGACCGCAGGACCAAGCAGUACCACGGCAAGGAUAAGCCAGUGUCCUAGAGUAGUGUCCUGGCACUCUCGGAAGUUAGUGUUUUCAAUUUAAAUAAAAUUAAUUAUUGGCGAGUGAA